GAUCAUAUCACUUAACAUUAUUUAAACUUAUGUUAUAACACCAAUGGUAACAUUAUUCAGUUUUUAAGCCCACCGCAUGCCUCCCGAACGACCCAAACUCCACAACACGGGUCAAAUAAUUACUUGACCCCAUCCGUUACAAAUUGGCAACAAAUUUCAAAAUUAGUGCCUUUCUCACAACGUUAUUGAACAACUCAUAUAUACACACGACCAUGAUUCCAAGAUUAAGACAACUCAAAACUAUAUCCAGGCUCCAAAACCCAUUUCAACCUUUUCACUUGUCGCACUCGUAUGCCAUUGCUAUUGAUUCUGAUAUCGUGGUCGAGCCUUUUGCUCCAUCUCAUACACACAAUGCACACAAUACAUUCGAUAUUUGUCCUCAAAGAGACAUUUCGUAUUAUAAUCACUUGCUUUUUGAGUACUCUCGCAAUGGUCUUAACCAAGAGGCGUUAAGCCUUUAUGCAGGUAUUCAUGGCUCGGGUUUUUUAGUGGACGGGUCUAGCCUUUCCUGUAUAAUAAAGGUUUGCGCAAGCUUGCGUCAUUGUGUUUUUGGAAAACAAGUGCAUUGUCAAUGUAUUAAAAGUGGGUUUUUUGGAAAUGUUAGCGUUGGCACGUCACUUGUUGAUAUGUAUAUUAAGAAUGAGAAUUUAGAUGAUGGGAAAAUAGUGUUUGAUGAGAUGGAAGAGAAGAAUGUGGUCACUUGGACUUCGUUACUUGCAGGUUAUGCACAGAAGGGUGCUAUUGAUAAGGUGAUAGAAGUUUUUAAUGUUAUGCAAGUAGAGGGUAUCGAGCCGAAUCCGUUUACUUUUGCAACCAUUCUUGGAGCUUUGGCGGAUAAGGGAGCUAUAGAAGGGGGAGUUAUAGUGCACACCAUAGUUAUUAAGAAUGGUUAUGAGGUGACUAGGUCUGUGGGAAACUCUUUGGUCAAUAUGUAUUCUAAGUGUGGGAUGAUUAGAGAGGCUAUAGGUGUGUUUGUCAGAAUGGAGUGGAGGGAUGUGGUUUCUUGGAAUGGGAUGAUUGCAGGUCUUGUAAUGAACGGACUUGAGUUGGAAGCCCUUGAUCUAUUCUAUAGCAUGAUGCUUGCCAAUGUAAAGUUGACGCAGACAACUUUUGCUACGGUUAUUAAGUUAUGUGCUAACCUCAAGGAAGUGAAGUUUGCCAGGCAGAUCCAUUGUCAAGUUGUUAAGAGCGGGUUUGGAAAUUAUGAUAACAUUCAAACAGCUCUACUUGUCUCCUUCAUGAAAGGGGGUGAAAUGGAUGAUGCAUUUAAGUUGUUCUCUACCAUGGGUGGAGCCCAGAACGUGGUAACGUGGACAGCAAUCAUUGGGGGAUACUUACAGAAUGGCAGACCAGAGCGGGCAGUAGAUCUCUUUCAUCAAAUGAGGACAGAAGGCGUUAGAUCAAAUCAUUUCACUUAUUCAACAGUGCUCACAGUUCAUCCCUGGAUUUCAUUGUUUCAAGUGCAUGCGGAAGUCAUAAAAAUCAAUUAUGAGAAAUCAACUUCAGUAGGAACCGCGUUACUGGAUGCUUAUAUUAAGAUAGGAAAAACUAGUGAAGCUGCAAAAGUUUUUGAACUAAUAGAAGAGAAGGAUGUUGUUGCAUGGUCUGCAAUGUUAGCUGGAUUUGCCCAAGGAGGAGACCCUGAGAGAGCUGUAGGAGUUUUCUGCCAAUUGGCCAAGGAGGGUGUCAGGCCAAAUGAGUAUAGCUUCUCUAGUAUAAUCAAUGCAUGUGCUUCACCCAUGGCAGCAACAGAGCAAGGGAAACAAUUUCAUGCAAGCUCAAUCAAAUCAGGAUAUAGUAAUGCUGUAAUUGUGAGCAGUGCUCUCUUUUCCUAA